AUGACGGCAACUAAUGAAAUGAUACCAGUCAAUGCUAGCUAUGCUUCUCUUGCAUCCAGAACUUUAGAUUGUAUAGCCACUUGUGGAUCCAGCGGUGGUUACAUAGCUCCUCCUAUUGUACCUUUUUGUACAGAUGUUUCAGCAUCUGUCGGAACUACAGUUGGACAACGUCUCGAUACAGUUAGCAUACAAACUGGCUCUGAUUUUGCCGUCGGUUUUAACGAUUCGUCUUGGCGUGAAUUAGCCCAAGGUACAGGUGCUCCUUGGUCUAUAGCAACUCGUAUUAAUCUCAUACCGAGAUCUGAUACGGGCUUUUAUAAUAAUGCUCCAGUAGCUACCAUGAUGUCUCCUGUGAAUAUUGUGAAAGAUCAACCAACAAUUAUCAAGAUACCUAUUGGUGAUGCUGAUGGUGAUGAUCUUCGGUGCCGUUGGUCGACAUCUACAAGUGGUAUCGAUGAAUGCGGUGGAACAUGUCCACCUAAUUCUCUUCCAGCAAAUACCACUAUCUUUCCUAACUGUACUAUUAUCAUAACCGGAACGAUCGUAGACAAGUGGUAUGCAAUUACGCUUAUGGUAGAGGAUUUUAUUAGUAGUUCAAGCAUGACACCACUGAGUGCAACACCAGUUCAAUUUCUUGUACACGUUGUUGCUCCACCAUUAUGCUCUAUUCCACCUAAAAUCACUGGUGUACCUAUUGAGCAAUCUUGCACACCGAUUCUCGUUGGUCAAACAUUUACAUCGAUCUUAUAUGCUAAAAAUAGCUGUGGUUCUAAUGUGACCAUUGUCGAUAUUGCUACGCUCUCCUAUGCUGGUGUCCUUAAAAGCAGCAUAACAGUAUUAAAUGAGACGACGUAUUAUAAGGAUUUUUCAUGGACACCAACGGCUGCUCAAGUUGGCUAUCAAGUUGUCUGUGCCAUGGCUUUUGAUAGUCAAGAUUCACAAUCAUCACAGUACUGUUUUAAAUUCUAUGUAUCCGUACUUGGUGUAUGUGUUUGUCCCGAACAUCGACUUCUAGUACCUCAAGAUCUACUACAACGAGUUCAACGACGUCAACCUCUCGUACCACAUCUAGUUCAACAACGUCAACUUCAAGCACAUCGACUUCUACAACAACUUCGUCGACGUCAUCAUCAUCAUCAUCAUCAACAACAUCUACAACAACCUCUACCACGUCUACAACGUCUACAAGCACUUCAACGUCGACCACAACAACGUCAACUUCAACAACGUCAACAAUAG